CAGUCGUUCUCAUCCUCGCCAUUCUCGUCGUUAUAUUAAUACUUCAUCGUCCCUUAAUAAUUCAACGCUUGAAGUAACCUCAAGUGGUGGUGGCCAUUGUGGAGAGAAUCCGCCAGCCACUGGGCCAGUAACAGCAGCAACAACAUCAUCGACGACAGCAAGGAGGACAACAUCGUCGUCACAGUCAGUGACAGUUCCGCAAACGGCAAGGAGUCGUCAGCCACGUUUUGCCACAUUGAAUUGCAUCAAUGGCAGUAGUAAUGACAAUGAUGCUGAUGAUGGCUAUGGCGAUGUCAACAACGUUGUCCACGAAAACGAUGAUGACGACCCAGAAUUGUUGGUAAAUCGACAAGAGAUACAACAACGACCCUUUUUGUGUCGUACACCACCGCCAAAUUAUCACUCAUUGUCGUCGGUGACGCCACCUCCUUUGUAUACGCCACGUCACUGGGAAAGGCAAGACGAAGAGCAAAUAAAUCCUGGAGAUCUUCCCACUGUUGGCAGUCGCAUUGAAAAUGCAACACAAGACACACAGACACAACGGCAACAGCAUCCAUUUCCGACAUUUCCACCACCACCGCCACCAGCAGCCACAGCAGCAGCAUCUCCAGAAAUUCCAGCAUUGCCUUUAAGGCUUUAUCGAGUACCGGAAGUUCUUGGUCCUGGCAUUGAUGACAACGCUGAUGAGGAUUAUGUUUUCUUAAAUGGACAUAAUAUCAACGAAAGAAGAACGAGAAGAAGGAGCCGAAGCAGCAGAGGAUGCAAUAGCUCAAGCGUAGCCCAGCUAUUGCCAUUUGAAGUCGCAUCGUUAUAUGGCCAUGCCAGGCAGGAACCAUUGCUGGCCAAUGAAAGCUAUUCGCCGAGAAAUGUGGCAACAGUGUCAUCACAACAUCAUCCCCAGGAAGAACAUCAUCAUCAAAGACGUAGAACACAACGUCGCCGUAAAUUCCAUUUAUUACAACAACAACAGCAACAAUCGAACUCUCCCAUCGUUGGGAAUCCGAAUAACAUCGACAGUAGCACAGAUUCUGACAGCUCAACGAGCUCGAGUGAUAUCAACGAGAAUUUUAACGAAGAUCAGUCCCAUAUCGGCACGACCAGGGAUCAGAGAAGACGCCGAAGGCAACGUUUAUUGAAAUUAAGAGAUGCCUAUUGUCCCGACUUGUUGAAUGCCUGUUCAUUGAUUUUACUGCAACAGCAGCAACAACAGCAGACAAGUGAUUCCACAGUAGGAAGUUUCACCGAUUCACCAGCACCACACGGACGAAAUAUCAGCCACGACGUGGACGACGAUGAUGAUACUUCUUCAUCCGAUUAUGUGGAAAUACCAUAUCAACGAAGUCAAGCAACUAAUCAAAUUAUUUACGAGACAACGAAUAGACUGAAUGGACCACAACAGCAACAACAACAACAAAACUUAUCGAGAGCAACAAAUCGUGAAACAACAGCAGAAGAAAACCAAAGAUUACAACAACAACAGGAAAUGGGUCAAAAUUUAAGUAUACGCCGGCCAAGGAUAUCACUUACAUGGGUAUUGAGAGAACAGCAACAACAGCAGCAGCCACAACAACAGACACCAAAUCAAAAGGACUCGCCAACAAAGAAACACAACAACGACAAUGACAAGGAGAAUAAGGUAAAGAGCCAGGAUCCAGCUCGCCUCACAAAUAACAAUCAGGUCAAUGGUAAGGGUCUGCCCAAUCUCGAAGUCAAUCAAAAUCAAACCACAGUGGUGGUGGAAAAGAAACGAUAUCGCCUGAAGAAAUCGGCCACAGAGAAUGUGGAACCCCUUAAUGGCUAUGCCACCACACCGACCAGUUACACCAAUGCCUCAACGGCAUUGGCCUCCCAGAAGUUUUUUAGCAAUCAAAAUCUGCUGGAAUAUCAUCGAGAUGAUAGCAAUGCCAAACCACCAUCCAAAGAUUUGUUGUUUGUGUGUACGCCCCAGCGGCUGCCGGAUGGAUUUGCUGCCUCCACUGAAGCCUUGGCCUUGGUUAAGAAACGUAAUGAGAUACGCAAGAAAUUGGCAGCCAAGAUGGCCCAAUUUCGGGCCGAGACCCAGGCUGCCACAAAUCACCUAAACGGGGGCGUCGGCGGGCUGUUGCCAGUAAAAAAGGAGCCAAAAGUCUCCCUAAAAUCAGGAUCCUACUCUGAACCUAGUCUCAUUGCUGCCUCGGAAGGCAAUCCCCGGCGGCAUCGUCAUCGCAAACGCAAGGAACGUAAUCGUCCUCCCAAGUUUGGGUAUGACAUUAAGAAUGUCGAUGAGUUUCUGACCAAAUGUUCACUGGCCUCACCGGCCAACAUACCCAUGGUCCUGUCUACCUCAUGUGUGCUCUAUCAAACCCGGCCCGGUGGCUAUCAGACAGAGGUCUCUCUGCCCCUGGGCAUGGUCAUAAAUGCUGUGUUCAAAAAUCAAAAUUGGCUCUAUGUCCAGACGCCCCAUGGCGAGGAGGGUUAUGUCAACUACAACACCUGUUUGCCGCUGGGUAUUCUGCCGGCCGAGGCCCGGAAGGAGGGGAAAAGUGAGACGACGCAUACCAAACCCAAAGCCUGCUGGGAAACCAGUGGCGAUGUUUUCCCCAAACCCUGUGGUAAUAUGACCGAUUCGGAAAAGGAAAUCCAUUUGAGAGUGGGAGGUACCCGCAGCCGCAGUGAAGGGGCCAGGACGCCACAUCUAAAAAGUCAAUUGACAGAUAAUGCCGAUACGGUGACUGUGAUCUCGGUGAACACCGACAAUACCGAUUGUUUAAAUGGCAACACCUCCUCCAUUUAUGGAGAGCAACAGGUGGAUAAACUCUAUUUGAGGGCAGCUUCCCAACCCAAGCUGACAGAGAAGACAUCCUAUGCCCAACUGAAAAUUAUUCGAAAUCAUUCCUCGGCAGCAUCGGCCACAUCAUCGAACCAUUAUCAUCAACUCAAUGAUGAAUAUGUUACUCUACAACAACAACAACAAAAAUCAAUGCAAAAACAACAUGUCCAUCAUUUGCCGGUACAGAAGACCUACAUCACGCGUACCUUCAUCACCAAUGGUCACAAUGGCCAGCAUUUACAUCCCAAAGAUAUGAAGCAGGCCCAAGUAACAGCAACGAUGAAUGCAAUACGCCGUUCCUCGGCCCAUUGCGGCCAGCGUCAGACACUGGUGGCCAUAACCACAGAUUACUCAACCGGUGAUGGGGGUUUGACAUUGCAAAAAGGUGAUAUUGUUACGCUGUGUGAAUGUCGUGAGACCAAAGAUCACCGGCAGUGGUUCUAUGUGAGGACACGUGAUGGUCGUCAGGGUUAUAUACCGGCUGAGGUGGCCGGUCAUGGUUUUCUGUAAAUGGCAAUCGGAGAUGGAAAGGUAGUUAAAAUGGAAAGAAAUUUAUCCAUGGAUCAUAGAUGAAUGAAAAAGAGAAAGAUAGAAUGAAAGAAGG